AUGGCGCUCAGUCUGAUCGACUUGCUCGGCGAGACUCUCCUGGUCGCGAGGAAUUCUAAAGACGUUAAUGAUGAUGAUAAAGACGUUAAUGAUGAUGAUAAAGAUUUCAAUGGUUAUGACGUCUCAACUGACACGGAAUAUGAUGAAAAUGGACCGAAAGAUAAACACAAUGAUGACGGCGACGACUACAGCUUGGUGACGCGGGACGGUACCGUGCUGGACGUGGUGGACGUGCUGGACCUGAUGCGACCAGGUCUUGUUAUCGCGCUCUAUUUCACUUCUUCUUCGUCACCUGAUAACAAGGAGCUGAUCAGCCUCCUGACAACGCUGACUCAGACAAAAGGAUUUCGAGUGACAUCAUCGCCUGAUCCCUCGACCAUGACGUCAUCAUCUGAUCGCUCGACAAUGACGUCAUCACUUGAUCACUCAACGAUGACGUCAUCAUCUGAUCACUCGACCAUGACGUCAUCAUCUGAUCGCUCGACAAUGACGUCAUCAUGCAGUCGAGUUUAUGAUUCAGUUCUCGUUGUGGUAGUGGCAAGUGACGAAGCUUGCUACCGUAACUGCCUUGCUACCACUGCGUUCUGCACAGUGCCUUACUACCAUCACACCGUCAGACGCGGUCUCGCGAGACGGUACCGCGUGUCGAGUCUCGCGUCCCUCGUGCUGCUCGACGCUCGCACGUGUCACGUGGUCUCAAGACCUUCCCUCGAGACCCUCGCCGACGACCCUCAGGGUCUAAAAUUCCCCUGGAGACCCAGAGCUGUGAGAGAGCUGCUAGCUUCUGUAGACCUCAUCAACGCUGAUGGGUCUAAAGCGGUCUACGAGGACUUCAAAGCGGGCUUCAAGGCGCUGUAUUUCUCAGCACAAUGGUGUCCCCCGUGCCGCGCGUUCACACCACAGCUCGUUGAGGCCUACACAAGCAUCAAAGAAAACGGACAUCGUUUCGAGGUUUUCUUCGUCAGUGCCGACCGGAGCGCGGAGUCAUACCAGCAGCAGCAGACCGCCAUGCCGUGGCCCUCCGUCGCGUGGGCCUGCCGACAGCAGCGGCAGGAGCUGGCGGCUGCGCUGCAGGUGGGCGGCAUCCCCAGUUUGGUGCUCCUGGGGCCCGAUGAUACCGUGUUGACCCACAACGGCCGGGCCCACGUGGUUCGAUACCUUCAGUAUCCCGAGUUCCCGUGGACCGAUGAAUCCGUAGAAUUUUUAGAAGACCGCCACAUGGCGACGCUGCUCGACAGACCAAGUUGUAUCAUUUUUACAGAUACGGAGGAUAGGAACGUGCUGGAACAGUACCGGGAUCUGCUACUGCCGGUGGCGGAGGAAUACUUGGUGCUGAGGGCACCGCCUUCGGCGCCUCCUGACGGCGCCACACUGGCCUUCUUCGUUGCUCCUCGGUCCAGCCUAAGCGACUACGUGUGCUGCAUGUGUGGGGUAGACGCUGUAUCAGUCUGUAUCUUGGACGUGGCAAACAACAGCAGACACUGUCUGCAGCCUGACGAACCUCUUUCUACCGCCGCCCUCCACGUCUUUGCCAGCAGGUAUAACCGACAAGAACUGGAAGCCGAAGUUCUGGGCGACGCCGGCUACACUCAAAUAGAUUUUAGACCAUACGAACAACAAACGCUGUACUUUACAGACCAGACACAUAUAAAUGUUGGCGAAGAGGACCCAUAGAUUUUUACAAAAUUUUAUUGGUCACAUACUUUAUAUUAUUAGCUCAAAGCCUCAUCAGACUGAUCCCUUUUGCGGGAUGAACUUUACCACUCUAUUUUGUUAAAAAAUCUAACUCAGUACUCACUGCAGUGAG